AUGAUAUCUGCUAAAAGGUUUGGUAUCAGAUCGUUUUCAAAACUUCUGAGUGUCAAUCCUGUAGUCAAAGAAGCGUUGGCAUCUAAAAAGCCAGUUAUUGCUCUUGAGAGUACAGUAAUUACGCAUGGGUUACCGUAUCCACGGAAUUUGAGGUGAGGCUUUAGGCUGCAGUGUCUACAAAUUUUUUUUAAAUAUAAGGCUAUUUAAAAGGCUAGACUACAAUUUAUUUUUUUAUAUAUAUAAUUUGACUAUAGAGUAGCAAAGUCUUUGGAGCAGAUAGCUAGAGAUGAAGGAGUUACUCCGGCUACAAUUGCUUUACUGGAUGGUAAAGUAUGUGUUGGGUUAGAUGAAGAACAGCUGGAUCAUCUGGCUUCUCCGAACACAAGAGCUGUUAAGGUGUCGACUAGAGAUAUUCCUACUGUGUUGGCUGAGGUAAUUUUACUUUAUUUAUUUAAUUUAUAUCAAUGCUUUGAGGAUAUUUUGCAUUUCUACAGUGCAUUUCUUUAUAAAGCCUUAUGUUAAAAUUUAUUAAUUUUAGAAAACAACCGGAAGCACAACAGUAGCCGCGACGAUGAAGAUUGCUGAUUGGGCUGGAAUCAGAAUCUUUGCUACAGGCGGUAUUGGAGGGGUUCAUAGAGGCGCUGAGGAUUGUAAGUUCCUUUUUAGUUUAUAAGUAAAAUACGAUUUGUUAAAUGGAAAGCUAAAAACAUUAUUUCGAAUGAUAUAUAUAAAUGUCAUUUAGCGUUUGACGUAAGUGCUGAUCUGGUAGAAUUAGGAAGAACACCAGUAGCUGUUGUUUGCGCUGGAGCCAAGUCGAUAUUGGACAUUAGAAAGACAUUGGAAGUGCUGGUAAGUUUAAUUUGAUAGUUUAGGCAAGUUUAAUGUCAAAGAAGUCUAGUUUUUUGUUAUAAAAUAAUAUUUUAAACUUUACUCGGUGUUAUACAUCUAAAAUAUGUUUUUAAAGCAAGUAAACUAUACGUUGAAUGUCAUAAUAUAAUAUCUAUUCUAGGAAACGAAUGGAGUCAACGUUAUCGUACUAGAUUCCCAACCUUACUUUCCUGGAUUCUUUGUCAGUAGGACAGAAUUCAAAGCGCCGUAUCACACAACAUCAAUACCACUGAUAGCAGAUAUUUUGAGUAUGUUUUCCUAUUAUAUUAUUAUCAUUUUAUAAAUGAACUGUCAUAACGAAGAUUACCAGAGAGAUUAAACUUUCAUUUUAGAGACAACUGACCGACUGAACCUUCGUCACGGUACUCUGGUCGCUUGUCCGCUGCCAGAAGAACUGACGAAAGAUGGUGAUGCUAUUGGCAAUGCUGUGGAACAGGCAUUGAAAGAAGCUGAGUAAGUUUGUAAUACCUUUAUAUAAUACCUCCGGUUACUGUAAUACAGUUUUAAAAAAGAAUCGUCGAUAUUCUAGUGGGUUUAUUGAAAAAGUCUAUAUUGUAAUAGGUUUAUUGCAAAUGUUUUGUUUCAGGGAAUCACAGAUCGUAAACAAAGACUUGACGCCGUUCUUGUUGAAGCGUGUGGACGAACUCACGGAUUCGGCGUCGUUAAAGAUCAGUAAGUGAUAGGACUAGUCGGGCGAGCAAAUAGGGAGAGAUUCAAAUGAAAAUGACACUAACUGUACUGUCAUACCACGACACUAAUUUGCAAUGUCAUAGUAUGAUACUAAUUGUACUGUUAAGGCUAAAUUAGUACUAGUUUUAUGAAGAAGCCUAGUAUAAGAUAUGAAGAGUACUCAACUAAAAUAUGUUUUUAAAGUUAGGUUAGUGAUAUAAUUGAUAAGAAAAGUGUUGAUACAGUAGUCUUAACAGUUUUCGGUAAUGCCUAUUUGAGUUUGAUUACGUAUGAUUUGAUAGUUGUUAUCAUAGACAACAUUUCUUCAAUGAAGUGAUUUGAGACGAUGUUGAUAUAGUAUUCAUGGUAUUUCCUAUAACUGAGAGAGCCUAAUUUGAGAUGAUGCUUAUUGACAUAAUACCACAUGUUGACUUACCCAUAGAUAACAUCUUAACCAUAACAUGUUCUUCUCCACACUUAACAUUCUUCUCUUCAGAUGUAGCCCUAUUGGAGAACAAUGUCCGUAUGGCCAGCCGGCUGGCGCAAGAGUACGUGAAGCGAGAGCGUGGAGUGAUAACUGGCCAGAACACUGCCCCAGCCCGAUCGGAAGCACCCCCCAAAGUUGUAUGUAGUGAAUAAACUUGUAGAUAGUAUUCUAGCUGUGUGUUGGCGCCUCCAUCCUCGACUUCGAAGUGGUCUCGGCCCUAAGGCCUCAGGUGGGUAAUCAACGAAAACAUGUCUUUGGAGGGGAUUCUGGGGCUGGGGGUACGGUCUUCUGAUGGAGAUUCUAGGCCUUCGAUCUCGUCUAGCUCCCACCAGUGUCUAGAAUAAGGUUAGUUAGGGUAGAAGUGGCAGUUUAGAAGGUAUACGUUGGUAGUUUACAGUUCUUUUUAUGUACAUGUACUGUAGUAAUUCCUUAGGUACAGUACUCUUAUAUGUACUAUAGCCAUCUCUUGGGUACUCUCUUUAUAAAGUUUUGGUUACCGUACACUUACUUAUACUCUCCCUUGUGGUUACUGUAGAAGAUCUCGGUCACCAAUUCCAUAACGUCUUCUCUAAAAAUACAAGUCAGAGGUUACUGUAGCCUUACCGUAAUACGAAAACUACAAUCAGUUUAAGUGGGUAGAUCAAAAAGUACAGUAUGCCAGCCAAGGUGUCAGUUCGGCUAUGUAGCCAGUUGAGCAGUGCAUAGUUACACUUUGAGUAACUUUCGUCGCAUUUUAAAUCUAAAAUUUUAUUUUUGUUAAAUUUAAAUUUUUGAAUUUAAAAACUUCAAAAUAAAAACUAAACCUUGACCGUACCGUUCCAACAGCUCUGUGUGACAAUACUGGGUGGACAACAUUGAUAUUCUCUCCAGAACUGAUCCCACGACCCACACCAUGCACUCCAGUCGCCAAUGUGAUUCUCGAUCACAGUAGCACUGCCCAGAUAUUCAUCUACAUUGGCAUGUAGAGCAUUGAACGUUCUGAUCCAGACAAAGGCUUCUACAGUGUCCAUCACGAUCAGAGGAAUCAUCAAGGUCCAGUAGAGACGGACCAGAGUUCGGUGGGAGAAGUAUACUCCUAUUAGGCCACAGGCACAGGCGAAGAACUAAAAAUUUGAUUGUUUAGGUAUAAAAUCUAUUUUUUAAAUCAUUUGGUUUUAAGGUUUUUGUAGGUAUAGAGAAAGGAGAAUAUUGCUGUUUUUUGGUCUUUUAAAUUAGAAUUGGUCUUUAAAGAUCACGAAGAUGUUUACAAAAGCUUCAGAAUCUAUUAAAACCAUAUGUUAUCAAAGCUAUUGUAGUAAUAUAAAAGACAAAGACUUCAUAUUGCAACAGAAUGCAAAAAAUAUUAGGCUGUUUACAUAAUUCUGUGCCCCUAGUUUUGAAAAUUUGUUUUGAGAGGGGACACAGAAUUAUUUGAACAACAUAAAAAAAAUAUAUUUAGAGACUGUUUUAUAUAAGCGAGUACCUGUAUUGGGAUUACUGUAGUUACGGUAAAAAUUAAAGCUGAUGCUUCUUUGUACGGUAGUAGUUUCAUAUUGGGGUCGUAGAUGAGGUCGAUCGCAAGGUAAAUGAACCAUAACUGAAAAUAGUUAGGCUUUACUUUUAAACUAAGUUCAUAGUAUAUAUAUUACUAUUAAAACUAAGUUUACAGUAAUAUUUUUAUAUCUUUCUGUAGUUAAAAGUUUUAAAAAAAUUAUUUUACAAGUCGAUUUUUAGCCAUUUUCAAGCAUUUUGUACUUAUUUUCAAGCGUUUUUUAAUUUUUUUAUUGAGUUUCGGCACUUUAGGACCAUUUUAAAAAUUUUUUUAAAAUUUCUAGACCGCUAUUCAUUUUUAUUUUACUUCAUUUUGUUGUACUUUGCCCCUCCAACUUAAAAAUGAUUGUUUUUUGUUACAAAUUGUACCAUUUCGUCUUAAUUAUGCACGAUUUUUUGUACGAUUCGACCUGCAAAAAAACAUUUUUCUCCCAAACAUUUCUAAUUUUUCGUAAAAAUGAGCCGAAAAUCGACCGGUAAAGGCAGACCUGAAUGAGGACGAUGGCCAGGUUAGCGGAGUAGAUCCAGAGACGGUAGUGCGCGACAUGCAUGUCGAGACUCUCGAUUCAAAGGCAUCGAAACGAGAGCAAACUAAAAUAAUAAUCGGAACGUUGCGCGUUCACGGUGAUUCACGGUGGGGCAGUGGGGCGUCUAAUCCCCUGCCCGACUAUCCCUUUUUGUGUUCGGGGGACCUUUCGGCGUUGGUUUUUGGCUAGGGGACCCUCCGAAAGGGGAUCCGGGGGGGGGCUUUUUCGGAAAUUGUGUUUGGGCUUAAAAUGUUUGAGCUUAUCUGGAACAAACGUGAAACAUUACAAUGAUAAGUCUUGAAAGCUUAUAAAAAAUCAUAUUUAUUGUGAUCAACGGUUUUUUUGGACAUAAAGUGGUUUAUCAGGCUUGUGCCAAGGAUAAUAUCGUUUGUAUCACUAUUUUGUACUUUAUCUGCAAAUUCGGGUUUUUCAAGGACCACCGAUCACUUUUUUAUAAAAAUAGAUGUUUCCAGAAUGAUGGCGGCUCAUAUCCAGGAACGUUGCAUUGUCGUGCCGGCGGCGUAGCUAGGAAUCAUGCAGAAUGUUUGCACAAACUGAGUAAUCAGGUAUCUUUUAUCAGUGCUAUUGGCGAUGACGAAGCUGGAGCGUUCUUGAAACAAAUGGGACUGUACUUUGUCGUAGGUUGUCUAUUAUAUUAUAAUUGAAUUUUGAAUUUGGUUUUGGUCAAAAUUUUAAUAUAGUACUGGUCAAAAAGUGUGUGGAAGGGCAAGUGUUUUUACUUGAUUUUUGCUGACUUUUGAGCCAAGUCAUUAUAUACCGUUAUACUAUAGUAAUGUGAACGUAUAUUUAGUAAAUGUAAUGUUAAAAGCAAUGUCUUUUAGCCAGAAGACCAAAUAAUAUGUUCACAAACAGCUCCUACCGCGUCGUAUCUCUCAGUCAAUGUUCAAGGUAACAUUGCUCAUGGUUACUCGUCAAUUGAUGCUAUUGUGGGUGAGAUCGUUCCUUCUGAAGUAAGUAUUUUUAAAAUAAAAGAAUCUUUUACUUCAGUGUAAUUCUUUGAGCGAUGUAUGAGUAAGUUUUAAAAUUAAAAUAUUUUGAAUGUAAAAGGUAUUUUUGUAUUUACUAUAGGAGCACACGUUCAAACUUUGACUAAAACAUUGUUUUCUGACAUAAUAACUUCAAUUUAGAUUCAAAAACGAAAGCAUUUGUUUGAGGAUGUCGAUUGUAUUGUCGUGGAUGGUAACAUAAGCACAGCGACCUUUCAAACAGUCUGUGAUAUCGCGCGGGAAUUCAAAAAGAGAGGUAGUUUAAGGUUAUAAGCAGCUUAUCACUACGUAAAGUACUAGACUUUGUGAAAUUUUCUAAAUUGAAAGAAAAAUUUACAGAAUUACAAAAUUAGUACUAUUUACCAUGUUUUAUACUUAAAAAGUUUUUUUUGUUACUACGAAAAACAUGAUCAUUGUAAAAUAAAGAGUAUUGUUUUAGUAUGGUUCGACACCACUGACAUAGCUAAGGUGGAACGUUUGAACGAUGACAUUCUGACCUCAAUUUGGGGAAUAUCGCCGAAUCAAAAUGAGUUCAAAAGAUACUGUAACUUGUUCAACUUUCCUCAGGUUCCAGGUAGGACUACUUUAUUGUCUUAUGUAUGUAUUACAGAAAUAUUGGCAUUUUAUGACAUUAAAAUGAAGUUUAUAAUUAAUUUUUACUAAAUCAAUUACUCUGGAUGUUGAAGAUUACUGUAAUUUUGUAAAAUACGCUUGUCUUAAUUCGUUCUCUAUAUAUAAUAUAUAAUACUUCCUUUAUCUAGAUAAUGUACUGUAACGUUUCAGAAGACGUGUUCCAGAAGUCUGAGCACUUGGCCGAUUACUUUUACAAACGGCUGUCACUAACGAGCAGUCUUUUUCCCGCGAAUUUGCAUAAAUUCCUUAUCACUUUGGGCGAAGCCGGAGUCGUUUUGUUAUCGAGGUCGGAAACGAAUCCGGAAAUCAUCGAGAUACGAUCGGUCGAAGCACCCAACUUCCAGAACUUUGUUUCCGCUUCUGGAGCUGGCGAUUGGUAAGUGCAUGAGAGUGAUGUAAUGUGAAAGAAUCAAAAUAGGUUGUUCAACUAAUUCUGUGCCCCCUCCGCAAAUUUUCAGGUUUAACGGAGCACAGCAUUAUUUGAACAGGCUAAUAGAAAUUACAUAUUUGUUUGUAGUUUGCAGCAGUAGUUACUUGACAGGGUUACUGUAACAUUAUUACUGUAAUAUGGCUACUGUAACAGUAUUACUGUAGUUUUAGGGUUAUGAAUUGUGAGAUAAUUACAGCAAUUUGACUUUUAUCUUGUUCUAGCUUUAACUCUGGCUUUCUAUCAUCGUAUCUUCGAGGAAAUGACGAUGAAACGAGCUUGGUCUGGGGACAAAAGACAGCUGGACUAAGCUUACAAUCUCUUCAGACUGUGCCAGAGACUAUUGAUAUUAAAGUAAGUAUUAUAUGCUAAAUUUACUUUAUAUACCACAAUAUAAUUCAACCGGAAAUAAUGUAAAAGAUAGAGUUUUACGUUUUACAGUAUGUGAAGUUACGGUAAAGCGAAGUAAAAGGUACGGUAAAAUAAAGUUUAAUUUUAAGGCUAUUUCCGAACUUGAGGCCGCAGCUUGUGCUGCUUAG